CUGUUUUCCUAGAUAACUAUAUUUUUACAUUUACAUACUCAUUUGUCUGGCCUCGGAAUCAGUGUCAGUGUCCUAAGAAGCAUUUCCAAAGCAUCCAUCACCCAAUCAAUCAUCAGUACUGACUGAUAAACACUAAGCCAGUGUGUGAGGUGCGGUUGGUAGUAAACCCUUACAGACAGGAUGGGAGCCACCAGGACUGAGGUGUAGGGUGGAGUAAAGAACAGCAUCAGACAGGCUUUUUUUGUUCCAGAGCGCAGAGUUUUCUUUUUUUUUUACAUGUGCAAACAGGUUACAAAAAAUAUGGUACAAAUCCUACAAUCAGGUGGCAGGCUGGUGGACAGCAGAAGCUGCUUUUCCCAGGGCUGCAGACUCCAACCACAGAGAAGACACAACCUGACCCCCUCUCUGACACACAAUGAUUCUUCUUCGUUUUUAUAGCAAAUUCCAACCAUAUGGAGCAUUAUCGCCACCUACUGUUGAAUUACAGAGCAUACAUAUUCCUGUUAUCAAGCCAUAUUUGUGAGUACUGCUUUUAAGAUCCAUGCGUUUGAUCCCUUCUUGUUCCAACUGAGUCCUUAAUAGGUUCCUCUCAUUUUCAUAUUUUGGACAGACAAAAAACAAAACGCAGCCUCUUUUCUUUUCCACUUCCAACCUCCUGCUGGAUCUGGUGCACAUGUCUUCCUUUUAGAUCAUUUUUGCCACUGCGUCUUGAUUUUGUGCCAAAUAAAUGGUUCUGUUUCUGUUUUAGACACAGUGCUGCUCUCGCACUGGGAUGCCUGGAGUCUCUACCAGCUCACUUCUACACUGGAGGGCACAUGACCACUCCCACUACCUUUAACAAAUGUACUUACAAUGUAGUAUUACCAGUAUUAACAUAUCUACAACCUAAUACAGGAUAAAUUAAAUACAUAACAAAGUCAAGAAAUACUAAAUUAAAGCCUCGACUUAACCCCCCCCCCUUCUGACCACGUGGUUCAGCCUAACAAGGUAACAGGCAUCAGCUGUAGCCCUGUCGCUGCAGUCUCAUGUGUGCACUCUAUAAAACAUGCCCUCAGAAGUAGAGAGAGAGUGGUUAAUCAGGUUCAAAAAUAAAAGUACAACAUAACAAAAACUAGAAUUACCUUUUCGUGGGUGUCUGCCUCCUCCACUCAGACUAAUUUCAGGUUAGAAAAUAUUAAACAUUUGUGUGAAAUUUUGUCAUAAUUUCUAUGUGAAGUCUUGAGUAAUGGCUAAAAAGUGUUUUGUUAGGUCACCUUGACCUUUGACCUUUGUCCACCAAAAUCUAAUCACUUUGUCCUUGAGUCCAAGUGAAUAUUUGUGCAAAAUUUUGAAGAAAUUCCCUCAGGGAGUUACAGAGAUAUCAUGGUCACAAGGCCAAAACUGUGUUUUGUGAGGGCACCACACCCUUGACCUUUGACCUCUGACCCUCAAAAUCUAAUCAGUUCAUCCUUGAGUCCUAGUGAAUAUUUGUAUCACAUCAAGACAUUACUGAGAUAUUGCCUCCAUGAGAAUGGGACAACCAAUGUCUUCAGCUCUGACUGUUGACUGGAGGAAUAAUGAACUUCCUGCAUCAGCUUGUCCAACGUUACACAGUCAGUGUGUGUGUUUUUUCACUUUGGUGAAGGGGGAUGCCUCCCAGCUCCCUCACACAGUGUCUCUAUCAGAGAGACGACAGCUGAGUGAUUUUAAGUAAUAAAUGUGUGAGAAUAUCUCUUUUUUUUCUUGUAAUUGAACUAGGACCUUUUGGGAGGCUUUUUAGUAUUGGAUGACGUGCAAUAAUCAAACUAUUCUGGUUCUAACAUACAUAUCAUGGUCUUGUUUUUUUUUCUCCAUAGUAUAUUUAUUUUAUUGUUGAGUUUUGUUAUUUUUCUAACAAAUAAAAGAGCUCAGCAAAACAUUGGUCUAUACAAUCGGCAUUAAUCCAAAAACAGUUACAAAUAUAUGGUGAGGAAAAACACAUAAAUUAAUAUUAAUGAAAACAUGAAAACUACACUUUUGCCCCUCCCUUUCCUUAAAUUAGAAUAAAAGCCACGAAAUAAUUUGAAAAAUAAAAAUUAAAUAAAUAAAACAUGAAAUGAAAAAAAAUAAAAUAAACAAAGCGGCAUGUUCUUAUUGUGCAUUUUAAAUUAUAUUAUGAAGUUUGUCAAUAAAAAAAGUGACGGAAAAAAAACAAGUUAUGACAGCGACGUUGACGUACAACCCAUCGGCCAAUGCGGCCAAAGGAGGCGGUCCAUGUGGUGGGCGUGGCUUGUGGUGCUACAGGCCGCAACCGGAGCCUCUCUGUAGCAGACAGUUCAAAAUAUCAACGUCAUUUAAAGGGGAGAUGGCUGUCACGUGGUCUUGUUAGCUUCCUGUUUACCGCCUGUUGUACUCUCAGACUGUGGUACACAGAUUGCAACACAACUCUCCACUGCUGGGGCUCUCAUACACCACCACAACAACAACAGCAUUCAGAUCCUGCAGCUACAGGAUUGGCUUCUGUAUAAAUUCAAUCCGUUUACUGUCAUAGACGUGGUUACCAAGGAGAUAUGAAGACGUGACAUUGAGGAAACGUGAGCAGGCCGGGAAGGAUCCUGGAGAUUUCCUGACUACAGCUGACUGGACUUCGGUUAGCUGGUGUGGAGAACUGGCCAUCCCUUCACCUUAUGUCAGAAACGAAAACAAAACAGUGGUGAUGUGGUGGAGGACUAAAAAAGUCUGAGAUUGUGUCAAACGAAUUUUCGAGGGUUUUGGGUGAGUGGAAACGAUCAACCUAUGCCUGGGAAGCUGAAGUAGUCUCUUAGCUAUUUGUGCUAACUCCAGUAGCAGCAGCAGCCGCUGUGGUGUGAGUAGCUGGCUGUGCGGGCUGGCUAACGGCUUCUGUUUGGAGAUUGGAGCAGCUCGCCGGUGCCCUGAAUUCAGGAAGACUCCCCGGCUCCGGCCCCCUCAAGCGGGCAGUCAGGAAGAAGCUGGCUGGGAGGGGAUGGCCUGGUCGGUCUUCCCGAUCCAAAGGACAAGGCUCUGCGGUGUUUGAAGGAGGUCGAGUUCGGCUAGAGGCCACCGUCUCGGGUCGAGGCGCUAUGAUGGCCGCCUCCCCCUCCUCCGCAGCCGGCGGUUUCACUGCGUCCGGGCUGUCGGUCAGAAAGAGCGAGGAAAUAGCGGAUUUGAUAGAUUUGUUUUCCAAGACUCAGUACAGAGCGAAAGAAGUCACUCCUCGGGUGGAGGCGAUAGAGAAGCGUUGUCUGGAGCUAUUUGCCAGAGACUACAAGUACAGUGUCAUCCACAACCCCAAUGGAGAAGUAUGUGGCCAUUACCCCCGGCAGAUAGUUUUCCUGGAGUAUGAAUGCACAGAUGUCGAGAGCGACAGGUUUGAGAGCACAGUACAGAUCAGUAAGCUGCAAGACCUGGUGAACCGGAGUAAACUGGCUCGCUGCAGAGGGAGGUUCGUCUGUCCUGUUAUCCUCUACAAUGGCAAGCAUAUUUGCCGGUCGUCCACUCUGGCAGGUUGGGGGGAGUUGUAUGGACGCACGGGCUACAACUACAUCUUCUCAGGGGGCACUGAUGACACGUGGACAGAGUCAGAGGAGGUUCCUGAGGAUGACAGCGCAGUCAGGAAUGGGGACUCUCAGCUCUUUGACAAAGUUCGAGGCCACGACAUCAAGCUGCUGCGUUACCUCUCGGUUCGCUACAUCUGUGACCUGAUGGUGGAGAACAAGAAGGUUAAGUUUGGCCUAAAUGUGACUUCGUCUGAGAAGGCGGACAAGGCCCAACGCUAUGCAGACUUCACCUUGCUCUCUGUGCCUUAUCCAGGGUGUGAGUUUUUUAAAGACUACAAAGACAGAGACUACACAGCUGAGGGUCUGGUGUUCAACUGGAAUCAGGACUAUGUGGACGCUCCUUUGACAAUCCCUGUGUGCUUUACUCAGAACUUGAAUAUUGACUGGUCUCAAUACCAGUCGUGGGACCUGGUGCAGCAGACCCAGAACUACCUGAAGCUGCUGCUCCACAUCAUCAACAGUGAUGAUGAGAGUGGCCUCCUGGUGCACUGCAUAUCAGGCUGGGACCGGACACCUCUCUUUGUGUCCCUCCUCAGGCUCUCCCUGUGGGCAGACGGCGCGGUGCAUGCCAGCCUGGAGCCAGCCGAGAUCCUGUAUCUGACUAUCAGUUAUGACUGGUUCCUUUUCGGUCACAUGCUGCCAGAUCGACUCUCCAAAGGGGAGGAGAUUUUCUUUUUUUGCUUCAAUUUUUUGAAGCACAUUGUCUCAGAGAAGUUCUCUGCUGUUAAGAAACAGAGAAGGAAGAACUCCCACUUCAAAGACAGUGAUUUUACUGUGGAAGAUCUCUGCCAGUUAAAGUCGAGGGAUCGUGGCAGUGUGACCAGUCUGAGCAGUGAGUUUUCCCUUAUUACUGAGGAGGUAGGCGGCGCCUCCAGCCUCACCACUGACAGCGUGGACCUAUUCUCCAGCCAACCCCAGGCCUCCAGCUGGAGAAAAGGCACCACCUCCUCUCCUCAGAUGGUUGUUUGGAAUAAGCAGAACCCUCUGGAGGAGCACUUCUCCCAUCCACUUAAUGAGGCCAGGUCUUCCAGCUCUUCCUCCUCCAACCAAUCAGAACACGCUGUCACACGCACUGGCAGCAGCCCAUUGGCUGUCCCCGGGAGGAGGUUAGCAGCAGAGUACACGCGGUCAGGUUCCUCCCUCUCUACAGAGUAUGGGAGUUGGCAGAUAGUGUCUGGUUGUGGCAGUAUCCAUGACCACACGCCCUUCCCCCCACCGCUGGCCUCGGCCUCCUCCACCUCAUCUGCUGUCGCUGCUGCCUAUGACUCCCCUCUGCCCUUCAGUUUUAAAGAUGACGGACCCAGUGGACGAAUGUGUCCCUUCCCCUCUGAGCGUCAGGCCCGUCUGGAAGCGGUGCGGGAAGUCUUCCUGGCAGCCUACAGUUCCACUGUGGGCCUCAAGUCCUCAGCGCCCAGCCCCUCUGGUGCCAUCUCCGGCCUGCUGGAGCAGUUUGCCCGUGGGGUCGGCCUCCGAGGCACAAACGCCAUCGUCUGAACCCUCUCAAUGUGACUUCAGGCACUCCUCUUCUUCUGCUUCCAUCCAUCCACAGUCUGUUUAACAUAUCUGGACUCAGUGCAAUAAAGUGCCAAAUAUCUCUGUUCAAUUCAGGGGUUAAGCAUUUUUUUUUUUUAAUUUUCCUUGAUUUUACAUGCCCUGGAUUUUAUUUUUUCUGUGCUUUUCCAACUUCUCUCUGGACUUUAAAUCUUUCAUGUUGAGUUCAUCUGUCACAUUCAGGGAGGGAAAUGUUUCAGCCACAGUAUCAAAAAGGGAGGGGAGGUAGAGGGCUUUCUAGCUGCUGAAAUGUAAACGGCUGAGAACGUGGGGUCCGUACCUGUUACUGGCUGAAUAUAAAGAAUUCUUGCUUCCUAUGUCCAUCUGCUCAUACAUUUUUUUUUUUUUUUUUUUUUUUUUUUUUGAAUCCCUGCAGUGACCGUCCCAUGUAGAGGAACCGGUAUGUUUUUAGUUCUCUUGUUUUGUGCUGCUAUUCUUUUCUGAUCCAAGCACCGGAAAGUUCUUCACUUGAGGUGGAUGUUGAUGGUGAGAUAAACGCAACACUUAAUGUGUUCUGACAGGAAUGGCAGUUUUUUUUUGGUUUGUAAUGUGGCAUAGUCGAUUGAAAUCAGAUUAUGUAUAAUCAGUUUUAGAGCUUACAGCUUUAGAUUGUGAGGAGGUCAAGGAUGAGUUACUUUUUUUUUUUUUUUAAAUUUAAGUCUUAAUCAGUAAUGCAAUAUUCAAAUACCACAUGUACACAAUAAGAGUUGUUGGUCACUGUAACUAUUGCUCCUGUCCAUUAAGAGAUAGUUUUGUAAUGGAGGAAGAAAUUCCCAGUUCUUUUCUUUGCAAGACUCAUUCUGAUGUUUAUAGGUGUUCAAAAUGGCUGCUGUUACAACAGAGCGGCGAGAUAAAAUGAAUUGCACAAAUGGGGAUAAGGGAUAAGAAAAGUGAUGGAGGUAGUUGUGCAAAGAAUGAAAAAUGAAAGCCUGAGAGAGAAGUUCAGACCGGGCCCAUUGUCUUGUCUCUCCACACCUGUGUAACCAUUGCAGGAAGUGGGCACGCCUGUUGGAUGGUCGGUUUUUAGAAAGUUACAGAAAUUGUCUUGGCAGUGUGGUUGUGUUGGCUCUUCACAGCCAGUGCGGACAAGAGGAAUGAUUGUAGCAACCAGCAACUCUCAGCAGCGUACCCUUGGUAUGUGAGUAAGAGUGUCUGGGGAUAAAAAAAUCUCUUACUUUGAAGUUUUAUGUGAUUUUAUGAAUUGUGUUUUGAUCAUCAAACAUGUACAGGGAAAAUGGAUUCACAUUGCACAGUUUUUGAAAAUCACAAUGAAGGAGAUGAAGUGCUGAACACAUCCCAGCUGUCCUUCCACCUCGCCUGUUUGUUCUCUCCAUACUCUCUACUCUUUGUGUUCCUCAGUAGCACUGACAGCUUGUUAGCAUAAGAGGCACUGAGCAUUGCCGUCGUAAAUCUGUGAACUGAAACCCUUUUCAAUGUUCCUUCUUGUUGGGAUCUAGUGAAGCGAGGUCCACUUGAUUCCUGUCAGUGCUGAGAUUUCUGCCCAGCCAUUAUCACACACACACACACACACACACACACACACACACACACACUUACACACGCAUGUUCUUCGCAAAAACAUGUGCGCCUUCUUUCAGGUUCCACUUGGACAGACAUUUCUAACUUGGACUACUCUUGGGUAAAUCUACACUUUUAAGUGAUUUUCUUGACAGAAUUCUGUUGAGAGAUUUAAUUUAAAACUACGGUUUUGACGGCUGCUGUACCUCAGGACUGUUGUUGUGCCUUUGUUAUCUUCAGUAACACUGGAUCAGAUCUCUACUUCAGCUGGUCCAGUUUCAGGUGUACUUUCUGUUUCUUAAAUGGUUUAAAGAGCUUGGAGGGUUUUGCUGCUCAUUGUUUAUUAGUGUUUUGACUGUAGAGCAUUAACAGCGUUAGCUUUGCAAUAAAGCUUUUUGGGGUUUCCUUGAUCACUCUCUUGGUUGCAAGAUAAGUCCUUGUUGUGCAGUAACAUGCAGCUGUUGAGUCUUAUGGACGCUCUUGAUGAGGUUAAAGAGGUGGGAUUUCAGUCAAUGGACACAUUUGGCAUUCUCCCCCAGAAGAGUGAGACAGACACAAAGAGAUUUUCAUAUCUGCCUUUAAAAUGACUGUAGCUGAAGAGGAUUUUAUUGAUUCACUUUAUAAUUCUAGCAGGAAUUUUUGGGAAAUACAUUUUUUCGCUUUCUUUCUGAGAGUGAGACAAGAAGAUUGAUGAUGAUAUCGUGUGUGUGUGUGUGUUUGGCACAGAACAAGAGCCAAGGUGUGUUUAGCCUAGAUUAGCAUCAUGAUGAAAACGGCUAGCUUAGCUCAUCUUAAAGUUGAAAAAAUAUGCACACAGUGCCUCCAAAGCUCAGUAAUAAACAAAAUGUAUCUUUUUGUUUGUUGAAGCCAUACAAACGGAAAUGUAAACAGGUCAAUUUAAAAUGAUCAGGGAUGUUCUGUGGUGUCAAAGUGAAGUUCAUGUGCUAGCCCAGCGGCUCUGAGCAGCGUCUCAGGCUUUUUACAUUUCUAUAUACAAGUAUGGUUUAAACACACGAGAUACAUGCUGAUCAACUGAGUCCUGUCAGACAUAUUGGUAGGUGUGUUUUUUACAUGUUGACAGAGCCAGGCUAACUGUUUCUUUAGCAUGUCCCAACUCCGACUCAGUACCGAGCGCUCAGACAUGAGUCAAUCUCUGCAUCUCACUUUCAGAAAGACAGCUAAUUAACUUAUUUCCAAAAAUCUGAAUUUCUUUAACUAGUAGAAUUUGGUGUUCUGCUAGAGUCUAGGCCAAAGUCUGCUCUCCUAAUACCACAAAACACAUUUGUAAGAAUUGUUUUUAAGCCAUGUGAGUUUUCAUCCUUUUUUCCUGAUAGAAAUGUGUGAGUAUUUGACUUAUAUUGACCACAUAUAUCAGUUCAUGGUCAAAAUGGUUUAAUUUUGUAUCUCCAAACAAACUGACAGUAGAGCAAUCUGUCCAGCUUUAUUUCAGACUAGUCAGACUUUUCGGUCAUGUCAGGUUUUAAGCUUUUUAAUUGUCUAAAGAUGGCUGUCCUCAAGAGGACUUCAGAUUCAGUCAUGGUCUUGUAUCAUUUUGUUUUACAUUUUAGCCUCACUUCCGCUGUAAGACUGUAGCUGAUAAGCAGCCAGUCACAGGACACCUGACAUCAAUUACAAAAAUAAUGGAAAAUGGUCAUUGCAAAAAUAAAUUCUGAUCCUGAAUUACUUAUUAUGCUCCCCAAAUAAUUUUCUCACUCAGUUUCUCCUUUUUCACUCACCGGAUUUGCAUGACAUACUCAAAGUUUAUCUCAAUUGUGAAAUGUAAUGAUUUUAUUUGUUUUACAAAUUUACUUUUUAUUUCAAAAUCUUUUAUUGAAACGCUGUAUUGCACUCAUUCUGAUGUUAUCUGUGUAAAGACUUUUCUUUGUACUGUUAAUGCAUUUCUAAGUAAUUCUACCCGUUGUUGUUUUGGGGUUUUUUGUUAUAAAUUGUGCUUAAUUGUUGGCAGGUGACAGGCUAUAAUGAAAGGUGAACUGAGCAGCAGGUAGCAAUUGUGAAUAAAAGAAAAACUAGAAUCACCUCCUCGCAGUUGUUUCCUCCACCACGUUACAGGAAAUAUGGUCACAGUCUCUCCUUCCUGAGUUACAGCUUGAGUGUUUUUGCAAAACAUUAUGAUGUCACAGUGAAGUUGACUUUUGCCCUUUUUGGAUAUAAAAUCAUUUCAUUUUAUCCUCAUAGA